CAUGACCAAUAGAUGGCAGUAAUGAUAAACUCAAUUCAGUUCCUAACCUGCAAAGCACCGUCGAGGUCAGUGCUGGAUCAACAUGGCGGCAUGGAAGCUCCUCAGCACGGGGAUGGGGCUCCUGCAGUCGUCCUUGCCGGUUUGUAGACAGGCCUGCAGAAGUCCACUUGGAGUGGUGGAGCAGGUCAGGAGCUACUAUGUUGACUGGAGGAUGUUGCGGGAUGUCAAAAGGAGACAGAUGGCAUUUGAAUAUGCAGAUACGAGACUGCGCAUUAAUGCCAUUAGGAAGAAUACUAUUUUGCCAAAAGAGCUUCAGGAGAUAGCUGAUAAAGAAAUAGCUGCACUGCCUCGAGACAGUUGUCCCGUGCGCAUUCGCAACAGGUGUGUGAUGACGUCACGUCCACGUGGAGUGAAGCGCAGGUGGCGUCUUAGUCGCAUUGUUUUUCGGCAUUUAGCGGACCACAACCAGAUGUCUGGAAUACAGAGAUCAAUGUGGUGAUCAAUCAUGGGAUUGAAUAUGUGAUCAUUUGUACAAUCUUGUCAUUCAGUGGAUGUUCUUUACAACAUAUGAAUGAACUUGAGCUUGUUAUGCCAUAAAUGAAAGUGCAAAAACACAAUGGACCUGCUCAAAUGUUGUAUUUUUUUUCUACUAAAUUGAUUAAGAUAACACAUUGUGACAUUUUUGUCUUCAACUGAUGGCAAAUCUAAUAUAAGUAAUGUUAUUGUAUAUGUAAUAAAAAAGGUGUAAUGUGCUA